UCCAGCAGCAGUAGCGGAUCGUUUGGUCUCACACCGACGGCGGUGUCGCAACCAUACGUCACUGUCUCUUUGUGUCUCCUGCGCACACUCUCUAAUGUCGGUGGACUUCACAGUUUACAGCUUGGACUUGAAACUGUCUCUUCCUCGUCUUUGAUUUCUUUCCCUCUCUCUCCUUUUAUAAAUUAGAAAGUAGAGAGGGAGAGUGUGAAGGAAAUUUCCCAGGGGAAUCAAGAAGCAGAUACAGAUCAAAUUCUUCAUCUGCUGGGAUUCUCAUUGUUUUGCAUCACCGUCUACAAGAUUUUAUUGUUCCCCUGACGGAAUGUGCAUUUGAGAAGUUCUCUUUUGAGUUUCGUUGGAGGCCAAAGAGAUCUCCUGGUCUCAAAUGGAGGCCACGGCAAAACAUGUGAAUAAUAUAGGAGGACAGGUUUGUCAGAUCUGUGGUGAUGAUGUUGGUAGAAUCUCAGAUGGACAACUAUUUGUUGCUUGUGAUGUUUGUGCAUUCCCGGUCUGUAGACCUUGUUAUGAAUACGAGAGGAAAGAUGGGAACCAGUCUUGCCCUCAGUGCAAAACUAAAUACAAGAAAAUUAAAGGAAGUCCUCCAAUUCGUGGUGACGAAGAAGAUGGUGAUGCAAAUGACGUAGCUACUGAUUUCAGUUAUCCAUCUGAGAAUCAGGAUCAAAAACAGAAGAUUGCUCAACGGAUGCUCAGCUGGCACAUGACUUACGGACGAGGAGAGGAUGUUGCCGCUCCGAACUAUGACAAAGAAGUUUCUCAUAAUGAUAUUCCUAGGCUCACUAGUGGUCAGAUGGUUUCAGGAGAAUUGUCAUUGGUAUCUCCUGACCGUCUUUCCACGGCGUCUCCUGAUAAUAGUGGAGGGAAGCGAAUUCGUUCGCUUCCAUAUUCAGUUGAUGCUAAUCAAUCACCUAAUGUUAGGGUUGUAAAUCCAGUAAGGGAGUUUGGUUCACAAGGGUUUGGUAAUGUAGCCUGGAAAGAGAGGGUUGAUGGGUGGAAGGUUAAACAGGAGAGGAACAUUGUUCCUACGAGUGCCGCUCAAACCGCCUCUGAAGGCCGGGGUGGUGGAGAUAUUGAUGCGAGCACUGACGUAUUUAUGGAUGAUGCCUUACUGAAUGACGAAGCGCGCCAGCCUCUUUCAAGAAAAAUACCUAUUGCAUCUUCGAGAAUUAAUCCAUAUCGGAUGGUUAUUGUCGUGCGUCUUGUUGUUCUUUGCAUUUUCUUACACUACCGUUUAACAAAUCCUGUGCUCAAUGCCUAUCCUUUGUGGUUGACAUCUGUUAUAUGUGAGAUAUGGUUUGCCAUAUCAUGGAUACUGGAUCAGUUUCCUAAAUGGCUCCCAAUAAACCGUGAGACUUAUCUUGACAGGCUCUCUAUUAGAUAUGAGCGAGAAGGAGAGCCAUCACAACUUGCUUCUGUGGACAUAUUUGUCAGUACUGUCGAUCCUUUAAAGGAGCCUCCCCUUGUCACAGCAAAUACUGUCCUAUCUAUUCUUGCAGUUGACUACCCAGUCGACAAGGUUUCUUGUUAUGUAUCUGAUGAUGGAGCUGCAAUGUUGACAUUUGAAGCCUUAUCUGAAACUUCUGAGUUCGCUAGAAAAUGGGUUCCUUUCUGCAAGAAAUACAGUAUCGAACCUCGAGCCCCCGAGUGGUACUUCACCAAGAAGGUUGACUACCUGAAGGAUAAAGUCCAUCCAUCAUUUGUCAAAGAUCGCAGAGCAAUGAAGAGAGAGUACGAGGAAUUUAAGAUUCGUGUCAAUGGUCUUGUUGCAAAAGCAAUAAAAAUCCCUGAUGAAGGAUGGGUCAUGCAAGAUGGAACACCAUGGCCUGGAAAUAACACAAGAGAUCAUCCAGGAAUGAUCCAGGUAUUCUUGGGUCAUAGUGGAGGACUUGAUAUUGAUGGUAAUGAGCUACCGCGGUUAGUUUACGUUUCUCGUGAAAAACGCCCAGGCUUCCAACACCACAAGAAGGCCGGUGCAAUGAAUUCACUUGUUCGGGUAUCUGCAGUCCUUACAAAUGGACCCUACAUGUUGAAUCUUGAUUGUGAUCACUACAUAAACAACAGCAAGGCGCUGAGAGAGGCUAUGUGUUUUAUGAUGGACCCAAAUCUCGGAAAAUCUGUUUGUUAUGUGCAAUUUCCUCAGAGAUUUGAUGGAAUUGAUAGGAAUGAUCGGUAUGCCAACAGGAAUACCGUGUUCUUCGAUAUCAAUUUAAGAGGCUUAGAUGGUAUCCAAGGCCCUGUUUAUGUGGGUACAGGAUGUGUCUUCAACAGAACAGCAUUAUAUGGUUAUGAGCCUCCCAUUAAGCCUAAACAUAAGAAACUAGGGUUUUUGAACUCCUGUUGCGGUGGAUCACGAAAGAAGACUUCCAAAUCUAAAAAGACGUCCGAUAAGAAGAAAUCAGGCAAGCAUGGGGAUCCAACUGUGCCAGUAUUCAGUCUAGAAGAUAUAGAAGAGGGGGUUGAAGGUUCUGGAUUUGAUGAUGAGAAGUCAUUGCUUAUGUCUCAGAUGACCCUGGAAAAAAGGUUUGGCCAAUCAUCAGUAUUUGUUGCAUCUACAUUGAUGGAAAACGGUGGUGUUCCUCAUUCAGCAACUCCUGAGGUUCUUCUGAAAGAAGCUAUUCAUGUCAUUAGUUGUGGAUAUGAAGACAAGUCAGACUGGGGAGCUGAGAUAGGAUGGAUUUAUGGGUCUGUUACAGAAGAUAUUCUCACAGGGUUCAAGAUGCAUGCUCGUGGUUGGCGAUCAAUUUACUGCAUGCCUCCUCUUGCAGCCUUCAAGGGAUCUGCUCCCAUCAAUCUUUCAGAUCGUCUAAACCAAGUGCUUCGAUGGGCUCUUGGUUCAGUCGAGAUUCUUCUAAGUCGGCAUUGCCCCAUAUGGUACGGAUAUAGUGGAAGGUUGAAAUGGCUCGAGAGAUUUGCAUACAUCAACACCACCAUCUACCCAAUUACUUCCCUCCCCCUUCUGGCAUACUGUACACUGCCUGCUGUCUGUUUGCUCACUGGAAAGUUCAUUAUCCCAGAGAUUAGUAACAUUGCUAGUAUCUGGUUUCUUUCCCUCUUUCUUUCUAUCUUUGCCACUGGUAUAUUGGAAAUGAGAUGGAGUGGUGUGGGGAUAGAUGAGUGGUGGAGAAAUGAACAGUUUUGGGUUAUUGGAGGUGUUUCAGCCCAUCUGUUUGCCGUCAUCCAGGGUCUUCUCAAAGUCCUUGCUGGUAUCGAUACAAAUUUCACUGUUACCUCCAAGGCAUCAGAUGAAGACGGAGAUUUUGCUGAGCUCUACCUGUUCAAAUGGACUACAUUACUAAUUCCACCGACAACUUUGCUCAUUAUCAACCUUGUUGGGUGUGUCGCCGGUAUCUCUUACGCAGUCAACAGUGGAUACUCAUCAUGGGGUCCUCUUUUUGGAAAAUUGUUCUUUUCGUUCUGGGUGAUUGUUCAUCUGUAUCCUUUCUUGAAGGGUCUAAUGGGACGUCAGAACCGAACACCAACAAUUGUGGUUGUGUGGGCGAUUCUUCUGGCUUCCAUCUUCUCUUUGUUAUGGGUUCGUGUCGAUCCCUUCACUACCAGAGUAACUGGUCCAGAUGUUAAAGAGUGUGGAAUCAACUGCUAGAGAUAAAAAAUUAUGAUUUGAUACACAUUUUUGAAGGCUAAAAGCAGCUCAAGCUGAAUCAGGUAUGGUUUAGACUAGAAGUCUAAAAUUCUUUGUUACUCUUCAGAAAUUUAUUUCUUCUUUGUUUACCGAAGUGUUUCAAAACAUAUCCCUGUAGUUUCAAUCUACUAGAAGUUCAGAAAAUUGUUCUUUCUUUACCCAAGUGUUCUAAAAUUAUCCUUGUAGUUUACGCUACUUUGAAUUCUAGUAUGAGGAAAAUGAUCUUUUUUUUUCCAUAAAUUAUAAAAUUACAGAUGGACUUGCACACUGCGAUGCAGUGUUUGUAUUUUUGCGCCAUCAAGUUUGUUC